AUGGGUGAGCACACGAAGAUCAACCCGGGUCCAUUCAUUGAAUUCUUGAACAACGUCUGCCCAGCAAUUCUGGGUGCGCCGAAGGAUGAGAUCUCCAAACACUUUGCCAGCCUGGAGAUGAUGAACAAGGUGCGUCACUUCAUCCACGAUGACCAAGACACAACCUUCUUCAUUGCUAGGGAGCUGGUGGUAGACAGAGAGGAGAGCAAAAACGAAGAUGGCAAAGCUGCGGAGGAGAAGGAGUACAGUAUUCGCACCGAGAACGAAGUUGCGGUUGCCAUACUCAAGCGCAGUCCAGCGACGUUUCGAGCGGCCUAUGAAGGCACUCUGGAAGAAGGAGCUGUUCCUUCGAACGGCAACUUCGCAUCUCAUUUACAGUUGAUCACCAUGGGGGCCGAGUCCGAGUGGUCGCCAUUUGAACUGGUUCACUUGUAUCUUCAGAACGGUUUCGUUCCGCUUUUCAAUGCUCUCGCAAAGCAGUCCGAGAGUGCCAACAAGAGUGUUGGUGAUGAGGACCGUGAAGAGCUCAAGGUGGGCGUCCCCAACGUGAUGCGAAAGAUCAUGGACUUGAGUAUGGCACUCAUGCAGUGCCAGCAGAAUGUGGACAUCGAGAACAUCUCACUUCCGAUAGACCCCGAAAUUGCGGAGGCUUUCGAGAAAGCCAAAGCGGAAGGGAGGCAGUUGAGCACCGAUGACUUCAAGGAUCGCAUGAACGACUCCACGUUUCAGAACCAGCUGCAAAGUGGUGUGAACAAGUGGAGCAAGGAAAUUCAGCGGGUUGCCAAGAUGCAGCGUGACUCCUCGACGGGGAGCACGAUGCAGGAAAUCAAUUUCUGGCUUGGCAUGGAGAAGGUGUUGAACGAUGCGCAGCAGCAGCUCCAGACGCCAGAAAUUCAACUCACGCUGAACCUGCUGAGGGGUGCUCGUCGAUUCCUCGCAACGAUGUCGUUCGAGGCCGACACAGGCUUAAAGCCCGCCAUCGAGAAAGUCUCCAACUACUUGAGCCUGCUUCGGGACUUUCCCAUCAACGAGCUGCUUGUGGCCUCCUCCAUUGAGCAGCUGACGCAGGCUGUUCGGACAAUCUUCAACCACAUGAAGAGGAUCCGGAAUGCCGUUCAGUAUCCUCUCUGGAGGGCUUACAAUGUGGUGGAAGCUGUCAGCCGUGACCUCUCCGAUCGCUUGCUGAAGAUCUUGUCCACACAACGUCUCAUGCAGCAGGAUGCCGAGAUGUUCAGCCAGAACAUGUCCAACUGCCAAGAACUCUUCCGAGUGUGGAAGGAUGAGGUGGGUCAGUUCCGGCAGCUGGUGAGGGAGCAGCUCAAAAAGCGAGGCAACGAGCGACCGACAGUCAAGAUCAACUGCGAGCACGAGCAGCUGCAGGCACGGAUCGAGGAGCUCCAGAAGUUCCGGAGGCACCACAUGAAGCUACAAGAGAUCAUCGAGCGGGUUCUCGUGGAUGGCAAGGAGACGGGUGCCAAGGCAGAAGUUGCCGCGGCAUACCAGCUGGUGGAACAGGUGGACGUUCUGGACGUCAGCCGCCGGGGUCAGCAGGAGUGGGAGAGUACUCAGCGGCGUUACGAUGAACGCAUAGAUCAUGCCGAGAGUGAGAUCACAGCAAGGCUUCGUGACAAGCUGGGGGCCGCCAAGACUGCCACUGAAAUGUUCCGGGUGUUCAGCCGCUUCAACGCGCUUUUUGUUCGUCCACGCAUCCGCAGGGCGAUCCAGGAGUACCAGUCGUCACUCAUCCAGCAGGUGAAGGAUGACGUUCACAGACUGCAGGAGAAGUUCAAGGAGACCUAUGAAGGAACCCAGGCCUGCAAGUUGACGUCCAUACGUGGCCUGCCACCCACCGCUGGCCUCAUCAUCUGGGCCAGGCAGCUCGAGCGACGACUAGCCCUGUACAUGAGCCGAGUGGAGGAUGUGUUGGGCAAAGGUUGGGAGAACCAUGUGGAUGGGAAGAACUUGAAGCAAGAGGGUGACGCCUUCGCCAAAAAGAUGAAGACGAGCCAUAUCUUCGAAGAGUGGCUUGCCGACACCAAGGAUUCCAAGAAGUUCGACGUGAGUAUGCGAAUCUUCGACAUCCAGCAAGGCUACCAGACAUACCUUCUGCUGGUGAACUUUGACGAGCAGAUCAUCACCCUGUUCAAGGAGGUGAGGAACUUACAAGCCCUGGGCGACUAUCGAGUUCCAUAUGCCAUCAAGGUGAACUCUGACGAAGCGAAGCAGAACUACCCGUUUGCCAUGACUUUGCAAGAGGCUGCGCGUACCUACAUGCAGACCUGCGCCCAGAUCACUGGCGAUUUGGCACCGCUGAUGGCAUCCUUCCAGAAGGGCGUGCAGGACUUGAUUGCUGAUGGGCUUCACCUGAAAUGGGAUGACCAGAAGAUUGAGAGCUACACCCAGAAGCUGUCUGAAAGCGUCUUCCAGUUUCAGCAGAAGUUCACUGAGCUGGAAUCAAUGGCUGAGCAAAUGUCCCGUACCAUCGACAGCCUCGAUGAUGUCAACAUCAGGCAAGAAGCCAACGCGCACGAGAUGCUCCUAGCCAAGUUUGAGAAGAUGCAGAAGAUGGUGGAUGACAUGAACUUGGCGAGCUUCUCCAAUAUGGAUGCCUGGGUACAAGGUCUCAACAAGCAGAUCGAGCAAAGGCUGCUGAAGCUGUUGGCUACAAUCAGCGCCCAGUGGCUGCAGGAGUUCAAGAAGUGGCCACUUAACGGCAACAACUUGAUCCAGGAAGCUGCUGUGCAGCUGGCAGUGCUGGAGCUGCAUAUGCAGACCUCUCACUCGGGCGUACGAUUGGUGCUCGAGCCGCAGAAGGAAUUUGCCAUGACCCACUGGGUAAAGCAUUACCACGACUGUCUGGGCAUGGUUUGCAACCUGCCUUUGCUGCAAGCGGCACGCUUUGACACCUUGAAGCGCGGCGCGAAGGAAUCAGCGGCAGCACAUCGUGGUCUCAUUGCAUUGCUGGAUCAGAAGAUCCUUGUGGAGGUCUACGACCAUGCAGCUUGGCCUGCUAGAUUACGUGUCAAGCUGGAUGCAGUACCAGUCUUUGUGGGAGAUCAACACAAGUGCGGUGCUUUCGAGACUCGGGGUCCGAGCCUGAGCGAUGACACCAUCAGACAGGACGAUCUCAGCCGAUGGCACAGCCUGGGGCCUGACUGGGGCACAUACGCACUCCUGCGUUUGGGCACAUACGCAACUCACCCGGUGAGCGACCAGGAGAUGCCUUUCGGCCCCAUUCUGGUUGACUACAGCAAGGUGCAGUCUCGCGUCAAGGCCAAGUACGACCAGUGGCACAGGGAUCUUCUAAACUCCUUCGGCGAGAAGGUGAGCGAGGCCAUGAGCGAGUUCUUCAGACAAGUGAACCAGGCCGCCGGUCGCCCGACUGAGGUGAUCUGUCAGUGUUUGUGGUGGUUGUGCUAA